AUGGCCAAGCCGAGUCUUCUUAAAGAUACAGUUAAGGCUAUCAAGGGGUGUCCGCCAGAGAUAUUCAAUGUCUGGCUUUUCUUUUGCACGGCUGUGUGGAGUUUUUCGGUCAAUAUAGCAUCGAUUGUAGUGCAAAAUAAGUUCAAGACCGAGUUCGGAGUCAUUUACGAAACCGAUGCUGAAUAUGCCAAUACUAAGGGAUGGAUCGUCUCCAUCGCCACAGCGGGUGCCGUCUUUGGCUGUCUAGCUUGCAUCAAUCUUGUGCAGAUAUGGGGGCGAAAGUGGACCAUGUUAGUCUUUACGGUCAUCUACAUUGCCGGAAUCCUGGGUCAGACCUUUUCAAACGGUAGCCUGUCUGCCUUGUACGCUACCCGUUUUGUUACUGGUAUCGGAAUCGGUACCACGACCGUUUUACCUUCAAUCUACCUUACCGAGAUCGCACCCCGAAGCAUUCGUGGCCUGCUUACCCUCCAAUACGCCUGUUGUCAACAACUCGGUGUCGUCUUCGGUUUCUUCUUCAACUAUGGCAUCACAAAAUACCACGCUGGCACGCGCCUCCAAUGGCAACUCCCUACGGGUCUGCAGCUCGCCCCUGCAGUAAUCUGGGGUAUCGGCAUCCUCUUCACCCCCGAGUCCCCCCGCUUUCUCCUCUCCAAAUCCAAAAGUACAGAAGCCCUCCAAGUUCUCUGCCGCUUCCGCAACCUCCCCGCUGACCACCCCUACAUCGUCGCCGAAUUCGCUGGCAUUGAGCACCAGCUCAACCUCGAAAUCGAAGCCGUAAGCGGCGCCACAGUCUGGGAUCUCUUCAAAGAAACCUUCUCAUGGUCCGGUGCAAACGCCAUAACGCAGUAUUCGCCUUCGAUUUUCGGGUACUUGGGUAUCGAGGGCGAGGAAGCGCGGUUCCUCGCCACGGAUCUGUACGGAAUCGUGAAGUUCGUAUCCAUCCUCGUUUUCUCCAUCUUCGUCAUCGAUUUUAUUGGGCGUAGACGAUCGCUUAUGCUCGGUAUUUCGCUACAAAUCCUGACUCUCACGUUCGUGGGUGCGUACCUCGGUGUCACGAAUGGUAUGUCAGCUGCGGAAAUCGAGGCGAGUGCGAGUGCUACGGCGGUGAGUAAAGCCAGUAUCGUGGCUAUCUUUAUUCAUGCUGUGGCGUGGUCGAUUGGUUGGUUCUCUAUUCCGUAUCUUGUUUCUGCGGAAGUCUUUCCUGUUCGUAUCCGCUCGCUCAACGUUUCUAUCCUCAUGGCGUUUCACUGGGCGUUCUACUUUGGUUGCUCGCGCGCUAUUCCGAGUCCGCUCUCUGCUACGGAUCGAUAUGGUGCGUUCGUCUUCUUCGCGAGCAUCUGCUGUAUGUCGUUGAUGUACGUUUACUUUGCGCUGCCAGAAACGGCUGGCCGCUCGCUUGAGAUUCGGAGAGUUGCUUAUCCCAAUGGAGAUGAUUUGGCGGAUGGAGGUGCGCGGAGAGAAGAGAAGCUGGGGGAGGUGCUGGAUGAGGAGAAGAACGGAGAAGUGCGGAUUGAAAAGCAUGUGGAGAAGAAGUGA